UUAUUUUUCAGGUACCCCAGACAGUGUGAAGAGUAACAAGAAGAGGAAAGGUGGAUCUAGUAGCAGAGAUUCUGAUGAUGAAGAUAGUCAGCCAGGGAUGUAUGCGAGCAGCGAUCAGGCAGACAAGGAAAAAUUUGCGCGCGAGAGUCACUGUGAAAUCGAGAGACGGAGAAGAAAUAAGAUGACAUCAUAUAUCAAUGAACUGUGUGACAUGGUACCAACCUGUUCAACACUGGCCAGAAAGCCUGAUAAACUUACUAUACUUCGUAUGGCAGUAUCACAUAUGAAAUCACUCCGAGGUACAGGUAACACAAGUACAGAUGGGUCGUAUAAACCAUCAUUUCUCACAGACCAGGAACUGAAACACCUUAUCCUUGAGGCAGCGGAUGGUUUUCUAUUUGUUGUUCAGUGUGACUCUGGCCGAAUUAUAUAUGUCUCGGAUUCCAUUGUUCCGGUUUUACACCAGUCACAGGGUGACUGGUUCGGAAAUUGUAUGUCUGAUUUGAUACAUCCUGAUGAUGUGGAGAAAGUUAGAGAACAGUUGUCCACCACAGAAUCUCAAAACACAGGACGUAUCCUAGAUCUCAAAACUGGUACAGUAAAGAAAGAAGGUCAUCAAUCAUCUAUGAGGUUGUGUAUGGGUUCAAGGCGUGGAUUUAUCUGUCGUAUGAAGAUGGGUAAUCUGCAGGUUGACCCAAUGACUGCCAACCAUUCUCUGCGUGUACGGCAGCGGAACACACUCGGUCCUUCAACUGAUGGUAACCAUUACGCUGUGGUCCAUGUUACAGGAUAUAUAAAAAAUUGGCCACCCUCAGGUGUACAGAUGGAUAGAGGGGAUGAAGAGCAUGGAUCCAGUCACUGUUGUCUUGUUGCCAUUGGACGAUUGCAGGUGACCAGUGCUCCGAACUGCUCUGAUAUACUCGGAAAUGCCACAAAUGAAUUUAUUUCUAGAAUUACUGUUGAUGGAAAGAUAACUUUUGUUGACCAAAGGGUGUCUGGGUUGCUUGGAUACCAACCUCAAGAUCUGUUAAACAAGACAGUGUAUGAUUUUUACCACCCUGAGGACCAAGCUCAUAUGAAAGAUACAUUUGAUCAAGUGCUGAAACUUAAAGGGCAAGCAAUGUCAAUGAUGUAUCGUUUCCGGGCGUCUAACAGGGAGUGGGUGUGGCUACGUACUACAAGUUUUAGUUUCCAGAACCCAUAUACUGAGGAAGUAGAAUACAUAGUGUGUACCAACACGGCAGCCAAAACUGGCAAUCAAGCUGCCCCUGCAUCAGCCUCGGGGGCUGGCGGUCUACCCUUGGAUCAAAGUACCGAGUCCAAUCCCCAGCUGAAUAAUUUUACAGCACCAAGGCCAAUGGUUGCUGGCAACGAUGCCUUGAAUGUUGGUGCAACAAGUAAACCAGAUUUCAGGGAACAGUUCUCAUCCGAUCCUUACAGACAAAUGGGCCGGCAGCAACAGAACAUGUAUGCUGGUUUUAGUUCCCAGUCCCCCAUGAAGUACCCCAAUCAACCUUCAUCCACCAACUUACCACAACAGGGCCUCAAUCAAAGGCAGAGUCCUGCUAGCUCAGCAAAUUGGGGCUCCCCUACUGGACAUUUUGCACAGAGCCAGUCUGGUAAUGAUUUUGGUGCACAGUCUGCUGCAGCUGCCGCAGGGCCAGGAUUUAGUCAAAUUAGCCCUAACAGCUCCUCUCCAGCACAAGGGAACAUGUGGCAACAGGGUUGGCAAGGAGGAGCCAAUGAUGGUUCCCAGCCACAAGCUGGUACCCAGCAGCAUCAGCAAGGGAACCAGCAAGAUGAGAAUUUCAGCGACAUGUUCCGCAUACUUGAUCAACAAGGUCAAGAGUUUAGUGACCUUUCUGGCAUGUUUAAUACUUUCACAGAUUGAUUAUAGCAUACCUGAUUUAGUGCCGUCUGCUACUGGAGGAACUUUUGACCACCAGGUGUGGCUUGCUGGGCAAGAUUCAAAUUUCAGACAGAUUGUUUAAGAUUAUGAAACCAAUGUUAAAAGGAUAAGAACGAGGGUCAUCAAAUCUGGAUUUUUCUUUUAUUCAAAUUUGAGUCAAAACAAAGUAGUUUUCUGUCAGAGAAUCGUCUAAUAAUAUGUUUAUACUGAGAGAAAAUGACUGUAAAUUAAGAUACUGACUGUCAGUUAAAGAUACUGUAAAUCUGGUAUUAUUCGUGAUGUUUGAAUUUUUCAGAAUUAUCAAUGGCUAUUACUGUAAACAUGUUAAUAUAAUGUGCUAUAUGUAUUUUUGUUUACUUUUGUCGAGAUAGACAUUAUUCCCUCCUUUUGAUUGAUUAUUAGAAUUGUCAUCAUCUUGUAAAUUUUUAUAGCAUGAUUUAUUUAAGAGAAAUUAAAGGCACAUUAUGCCUCAGAAAUGAAUAUUUUUAUUCUUCUUUAAAAGGGGCUAGCAUGUAUUAAAUAAUGUUUUGAUAAUAGAUUUAAAGCAUAUUAGAUGGUUAUCACUAGAAAAAAAGUAGUGCUGAAUGAGAAAUAAUUUGUUGUAAAGGAAGCAAAAUGUAAACAAAGAAGUUUUUUUGACUUCCAUACAAAAUACUUAAUUACUUUAACUGUACCAAUUACCAAAAAUCGGAGGAAGAAAACGAUGGUUCAGCCCUAUUACCAAUGAGUACUUUUCAGGACAAUAAAAAAAUAAAGUGUUUAAGCAAUGUAAAUGAUAGCAUUAUUGGGGCUGAAUGGGCCUUUAAUAUUACUUGUAUUAUUGAUGAGGUGAUGAAAGAUUUGCUAGGUAAAAAGGCUUUGUAUAUAACUGCCAAAGACAAAAUUGGGUGUGGUUUAAAAAUGAUUUAUGAAAAUGGCAGAUUGACUUGACCAUCACUUGUAGUUUAGUUUUGAAAAAAAAUCAUUAUUUAUAUAAUAGUUUCACUUAUUCUAAUUAUGCUUUUAUUCUGAGCAUGGCCUUCCUUCUUGUCAAUUUUUGUCAAUCUAACCACAGGUGCCUGACGUCUAAUGUAUGUAUGUAGUUUAUGUUUAUUGAGGGUCCAUUCGCCCGUUCAGGCACAAAAAUCUGACGUGUAAUAUCCGUUUCAUACUUUCUUACAUCUAUAAUAAACUUGUGUGUAUUAUAUAUAGGGGUAAGGUAGGGGGUGUCUGUUAGACGUCAGGCACCUGUGACUGUGACUUAAUGUUUCUUUGUUUGUGUUGACUAACAUAGAUAAGUUUACAUAGAUACCAGAUAUAUUUGUAUUGUCUAUAUAUUUUUGGAUGCUGUUACUCGUCCAACGGGUCCAAGAUUAUUUAGACUCAAUAUUGUUUACCUUCUUCUCUUUAAGGCCAUUAUUUUAUUUAUCCAGCUUUUUGAAUGUGACACUGGGAACAUAAAUGGGUGCAUCCUAUAUUUUUUGUCCUUAAACAAAUGAUGAAUCAAUAAA